UUCACUGUGCAUACAUGGGAGGAUACACAUCAAAGGAAGUUACUGGAUCAGCUGGCACUAUAUAUGAUCGCACAAGUGCAGAAAGUUUCAACUUUUCCAGUGAAAUUCCUAAUGUUCUUGGCCGCUGUUUCAUUGAGGUUGAGAAUGGUUUCAAAGGGAACAGUUUUCCACUCAUAAUAGCUGAUUCUAGCAUCUGUCAAGAAUUGAGACUUCUCGAACCGGAAUUAGAGAUAUAUGCUAGUGUCAGUGAUGGGACCGCAGAACAACAGAACCUGGAUUCUGAACGGCUUAGGUCAAGGGAGGAUAUCUUGCAUUUCUUGCAUGAACUUGGAUGGUUGUUCCAAAGGAAAAACAUCCCAUCCAGUUUUGAUGGCCUAGAUUUCUCCCACGGGCGGUUCAAGUUUCUCUUCAUAUUUUCCAUAGAAAGGGACUGGUGUGCUCUGGUGAAAAUGCUUCUAGACAUACUUGUGGAAAGAAACAUGAAAGAAGGUGCAUUAUCAAGGGAGUCUCUGGAGAAUCUUUCAGAUAUUCACCUUUUACACAGGGCAGUAAAGAGGAAAUGCAGAAGCAUGGUUGAUUUGCUCAUUAAAUAUUCUCUAACUAGCACCACUGGUGCUCCGGAGACAUACCUUUUCUCUCCAAGUCAAAUGGGUCCGGGUGGUCUUACACCUCUACACCUGGCUGCGUGCCUACAUGAUUCAAAGGAGAUGGUGGAUAUUUUAACUGAGGAUCCUCAAAAG